GUCAUUCCUGUGACUCCAAGGUCCAAAGUACAGUACUUCCAAGGGCCUCCUCUCUUUGGCGCCAACAUGGCGCUAAAUGGCCGAGUGUCCCUCCCGCGCCUCCACCCCCACAGACACCGUACACCCCUUCUCGUCACGCCGGCGUCGUAUUCCGCCCCUCGCCACUCGGGCUGCGCUCGUAAAACCACCCCUCAGCCUUUUGCGUCGUUCGGGCAUCGCUGCUGCAUCCUCGUCCCGCGGCCCUGCCUGCCACCCCUGAUCGUGCGUGCGCGAGAGAGAGAAGGAGAGGGACUCGGCGGGGGGGUGGAAGAGCAGGGGCCGAGGCGAGUCGGCGCCGGCCUGCACCCACCCUGCCGUGUGCCCGAGCCCUCCAUGUUGGUGGUCGUAUCGAUCCACCCCCCGCUGCCGAGGCCCUGCCCGGUGCAGACCCGCCCUGGGGUAGCUUUUCCACCCCUUCGGUCUCGGUCGGCCAUUGUGUUCGCCGUCUCCCCCAAGUAGGCCGUGUUUUUCACUGGGAACCCCUCUCUUCGGCCGGCGUCACUCCUGUCCGCCAGCUCAGGACGGGCAGGUCCACCAUUGAGGCGCUCAGGACCCGCAGGACUCGCCAGGUUCGGCCGGACCUUCUCGAGGGGGUGCCGGACUUGGCGGACGCGUGCUCUGCGCGACCCUGCCAUGCGGUAGAGGCCCCGGUCCAGGACCGCGUCCAGGACCCCCAGGCCCAGGACACGAUGCAGCCCAUGGCGUUGGACGGCCCCACCAACGGCCAGCUCCCUCAGGGGCGCCCGGGUCAGGACGGGGGGCCGGGCGUGGCGGGGAGCGCGGGUGCGCAGGACACCAUCUACCUCUGCAACUUCCGCGUCUCGGUGGACGGCGAGUGGCUGUGCCUCAAGGAGCUCGACCAGGACGGCAUGGAGCUCGACCGGCUGGACCCCUCGGGCGCAGACAAUCCCGCCCUGUCGCCAGCCUUCUCGACGCCCUCCCCCGACGACCCGGGGCCCAUGCUGCUCAGCAUGCUCACGCGCGACCCCGCCGCCGUGGAGCGCAGCAACCUGCUCAACAUCUCCAAGCUCAUUGUCAAGGAGCUCAUUGAGACGUCGCUCAAGUUUGGCCGCAUGCUGGACUCGGACCACAUGCCCUUGCAGCACUUCUUCAUCGUGUUGGAGCACGUUCUACGCCACGGUUUGCGCCCAAAAAAGGGUCUAUUAGGUCCGAAGAAAGAACUAUGGGACAUAUUACAGUUGGUGGAGAAGUAUGCUCCUGAGGCUCACGACAUUACAAGCAGCGUUCGUGACCUACCGACUGUUAGGACUGCAAUGGGUCGAGCUCGUGCAUGGUUGAGAUUAGCUUUGAUGCAAAAGAAACUUGCUGAUUAUGUUAAAGUAUUAAUUGACCUUAAAGAAGAUGUGCUAAGAGAUUAUUUUGAACCAGAUGCUUUAAUUAUGUGUGACGAAGCUAUUGUUAUUAUGGGACUACUUAUGGGUCUGAAUGUCAUCGAUUGUAAUCUGUGUGUCAAGGAAGAAGAUCUUGACUGCCAACAAGGUGUGAUUGAUUUCUCAUUGUAUUUAAGAUCAACUCAUCAUUGCCCUGGUGAACAAGUAAUAAAUUCAAAUGAUCCUGAUCAGUCUGAUCCAAAACAUUCCAAUAUGAGUGCUGUUCUUGACCAGAAAAAUUAUAUUGAAGAAUUGAAUAGACAUCUUAAUGCCACUGUCACCAACUUACAGGCGAAAGUUGAAACACUGACCACUACUAAUGCUCUCAUGAAAGAAGAUUUAGCUAUAUCUAAAAAUGGCCUUAUGUCAUUGUUUGAAGAAAACAAUCGUUUGAAGCGUGAACUGGAAUUAGCUCAAUCUGGUUCUUCUACAAGACAUGUUGAUGAUACCAACGCUGAUGCAGUUUCCAAAAAAUCUUCAGAUAGCUCUAAUGAUGUAGACGAAUUAAAACAACAACUUGCAGCUGAGCGGAAACAGAAAGGGGAGCUGCAGAAAGAACUAGAUUUACAGAUCAGUUUACGGGCAGAAAUGGAAGUAGCCAUGAAAUUGUUGGAAAAAGACAUUCAUGAAAAGCAAGACACUGUGAUUUCUUUACGAAGGCAGUUGGAAGAUAUCAAACUGAUCAAUCUGGAUAUGUACAAAAAACUCCAGGAAUGUGACAGUUCCCUUAAGCACAAAACUGAAUUAAUCUCUAAACUGGAGGCUAAAAGUGUAGAGAUGACUGACACUGUGCAGAGACUGGAUGAAAAGUAUCAGGAAUGCUUAAAAGAAUGCAAUGCUUUGGAACAGCAAGCAGCACAAUUACAGCGAGAAGCAGCUGAAGCAGGAGAGGAACGAACCAGAGCAGAAGGAGAAUUAGGAGUUGAAAGAGAAUGGCGCACAUCCUUGGAGCAAAGUGUGAACAAAGAUCGUAAUCGAAUAGCUGAAUUACAAAGGGAACUUGCUCAAUUGCGUGAUGUUUCUGUGAAAUUUGUGAGCUUGCAAGAAGAUUAUUAUACUUUAAAAGAACAAUGUAACCAACAUGAGUUAACUUUAGAAGAAUUAGGAUCACAGCUUCGAGUAUCAAAGCUUCAGGUUGCAGACUUGCAAGAAGAAGUUGAGAAAGCCAAACAUGCUGGUGUUAGUGAUGCCACUUGGAUGCGUGAUAAGGAAGUCACUCAUUGCAAAGGUUGUGAAAAAGAAUUUAACAUGACAAGAAGAAAGCAUCAUUGUCGAAACUGUGGCGAUAUUUUCUGCAAUGCAUGUUCGGACAAUUCUAUGCCGUUGCCAUCACUUCCUAAGCCAGCUCGAGUUUGUGAUAAGUGUCAUGUUCUUCUUGUUGCUAGAUACUCAGUUGUUCCUCAAUGAUGAAUGAGCGCACUGCCAAAUUUUUUGUCUUUUUUCUACCUAGUCUUUCUUAACUUAAGCUGGGUUCAGAGUUCAGCUUUUAAAUUGAAAAUAAGCAGUGUUCUAUUUUUCAUUUAAAAGAUCUGUCAAGACUGUUACCUGCUCACUUCAAAUAUUAGUACAAAAAUAUGACCUUUGUCGCAUUUUUCCAGUCUUUUGUCAAUAACAUUAGUUAAAGUUUUACUAGACCGUCGAUCUAUUGUAAUACUUUGUUAAAACUUUAUAGUCUUGUUAUGUAGUUCUUCAAAAGUAUUUUUGCAUUAGUUUUACCAUAUUUUUCUUAUUGUUAUUAAAAUUAUAUGUCCUUUUUGAUGUGAUGAUAUUUAUAUGAGCAAAAUUUAGAUAAAUGUUAAGUGCCUUCAGAGAAGAUAAAUGUUGAAUUUUAUUAUCCUGCCCUGUAGUGUAGAAUCAGACAAUUUGUAUCUGUUUUCUAUCUUUUCUAAUGACUUUGUGAUAAUUAAAUAUUUUUUAAGGUCAUUCUAAAUGCAGAGAAACACAACCUGUUGAUAGGCCAGUUGUUUCAGUCUCUUUUUAUUAUCAUUCACCUGCAUGAACUAUUUUUUUACUGGAUCAUCUGUUGAAUUGAGUAACUUCUCAUGGAAAUUUUGCCUUUUAUGUACAUGCUGUGCUUUAUUAUCUAUUUUAUCAGGUGUCUUAUUUUAGGGUAUUUGAAAGUUGAGUAUUAUACGUCUGUAUCACAGAAUAAAAUUGAUAUUAAAAAUGAGUCUUUCUGCAACAAA